AUGAAGUUCUCCAUUCUCACCUCCGCCCUCUUCCUGGCUACUGCUGCCCUCGCCGUUGACGUGAACUCAAUCAUCUCCGAGGCCGAGAACGCCGUCUCUACAGCCGCCGCCGACGGUCAGUCCAUUGGCUCAGACGUUGUCGCCGCAGCUACCUCUCUCGCCAACGCCGCUGAGACCGGCGGUUCCGCCGCCGUCUCGUCCAUCACCAAGGACGCUGCCUCCAUCAUCUCCGCAGCUGAGACCGCUGGUUCCUCCAUCAAGUCCGCCGGCGAGUCCAUUGCCUCCGAAGCUGCUAGUCGUGCUUCCACCUUCGUCAGCCAGUUCACGACCACCAACUCUGACGGCCAGACGACUACCGUCAGUUCCACGAUCACCUCCGCAGCUUCCUCCAGCUCUGGUGCAUCUACCACCGGCACCCAAACUGGCUCCAGUUCCGCCUCUACUAGCACCGGCGGUGCUGUCUCUCGUCCUGAGGCCAUGGGCGCUGCCGUCGCCGGUAUGGCGGGUAUUCUCGGUGUCAUGGUCGCUCUGUAA